AUGACAUUGCACAUCAAGCCAAGGACUUUCCAAACAGAGGUGGCUAACCACGCUAGCCAUGCAGCAUUCAGCGACAGAAACGCCUCGCCAAGCUUGCUGCCCAGCGAUGUAAACGAGUACCAAGCCUUGGAGAGAAAGCUUGUCCGUAAGGUUGACUGGAGACUUAUGCCUGUGCUGGUUGUCAUGAUAGUUCUCAAUUAUCUCGAUCGGCAGGCUCUCCCUAAUGCCCGGGUACAAGGUAUCGAGAAAGACCUGGGCCUGAAAAGCGACGAAUAUAAUGUUGCCAUAUCAGUGCUGUUUGCCGGCUAUAUCGCCCUACAGAUUCCAUCUAAUAUGCUGCUUACGCGUGUGCGACCGAGCAUCUACCUUCCGCUCUGCAUGGCUCUCUGGGGAAUAGUCUCCGCGUGUACUGCUGCCGUGAAGAGCUUCCAGGGUUUGGUGAUUUGCCGUUUCUUCCUGGGGUUCCUGGAAGCUCCAUUCUUUCCCGGUGCACUUUUUCUCCUAUCAUCUUGGUACACUCCAAAGGAGCUGGCCACUCGAACCGCAGUCCUCUACACCGGAAGUUUGCUAUCUGGUGGGUUUGGCGGCUUGGUGGGUGCGGGCGUGCAGUACGGUCUCGAUGGUGUACAUGGUCUCUACUCCUGGCAAUGGCUGUUUAUUCUCGAAGGUACCGUGACCGUGUUUCUCUCACUCUUGUCCAUUUUCCUUCUUCCAGAUUUCCCUACGACUACACGAUGGCUCUCAGAGCAGGAGCGGGCCAUCGCAGUUCACCGUCUCCAAAGAAACAGCGGCAGCCAAGACGACGAGCGCGGGCCUAUUCUGCACGGCGUUAAACUGGCCGUUGCUGACUACAAAGUCUGGCUGCUCGCCUCCAUUGUCAUCACCAAGACGACUGCAGCCGCCGUGACGUCCUUCGUCCCAACACUCGUCGCCACAUUCAAGUAUUCGUCUGUGCAGUCGCUGCUCAUGGUGGCGCCCCCGUACGUGUUUGCUGCCAUCGCAGCGAUGGCCAUCUCGAUAUCAAGCGAUAGGCGCUCUCAGCGAUAUUUGCACUUGGUGAUACCCCUGGCUGUUGGAAUGCUGGGCUAUAUCAUCGGGGCUGCCACGACGACACUGGCGCCGAGGUACUUCUCGCUCUUUCUGAUGUUGGGUGGCGUGUAUGGUAGCUUCAACGUCACUUAUGCUUGGAUAUCAUCCACCCUCCCGCGACCAUUGGAGAAACGUGCGGCGGCCUUCGCGUUCACCAACAUGGUCGGCAACUUUGCCCAGAUCUAUUCGCCCUACAUGUACCCUUCGACCAAUGGUCCACGCUACCUGCCCGCGAUGACGGCGAACACGGUGUUUGUCUUUGCGUCGAUAUGUUUCGCUACAAUCCUCCGCUUCUGUCUGGUGCGAGAGAACCGUAAGCUGGAAGCCCUCGAGGUUGUGGAUGCUGCGGAGGCGGAAGAUCCCAAGGCGAGGGGUGAGAUUGUGCAGGCGUGCCCAGGUGGCUUGGUGGUGCUCAGCUCGGGUUUUCGCUAUGCACUGUGA